AUGCAGCAAGCUCAUCGCCCAGGGAAUUUAAAGCAAAGUAACAAGACGCAUAAGUCAAGGCACCGGUCAAAACGUGGUAUUGCAGCCGAUGCUAAAGGUAAAGUAAAUGUGAAGGAAUUCGUGCGUCGCAAUCGACAUAUUCUCAAGAAAGACGAGCGCCGACACCAAGCCUUACAGAUUCGUAGAAAUAAGCGCGAAGAAGUGUUAGCGAAAAAACGUGCGCUAGGUGGUCAAAGAAAUCCUCCGUUUUUAGUGUGUGUAGUCCCGUUGAACAGGCAGCUGGAUGCUCAGUCAGCUUUAGUAAUCCUAAAAACAUGCUCUGAAGGUGCUAUAGUAUCUCAGUCAGAGAAUGGAUUUCUGCAUAUCGGGUUGCCAAAUUUUAAACAACGGUUCUCUUUCAUCGCACCAGAAAUAGACAAUGAUUUUGGUCUUCUUGAUGCUUUGAAAGUAGCUGAUACAGUAUUGUUUGUGUGUUCAGCGUUAGAGCCAAUAGAUGAGUGGGGGGAGAAGGCUCUUGCUCUGGCCAUGGCUCAGGGAAUGCCAACACCUAUUGUAGUUGCAAUGGACAUAGAAGGCAUCCACCCAAAAAAGAGAACAUCAGAAAAACAAAUUGUCCAGAAACUAGUAUCUAAGUGGUUACCAGAUGAAAAAGUAAUGCAGUUAGACAAAAGUUCAGAUGGACUUAACUUACUUCGUAGAAUUGGUAAUCAAAAACGUAAUGUCAUUCAUCAUAGGGAAAAGAGGCCUUAUAUGCUAGCUGAAGAGGUUGAGUAUGUUCCUGAUAAUGAAGGCAACAAUGGUACAUUAAAAUUAACAGGGUACUUACGGGGCAUGCCUCUAAAUGUCAACAGUUUAAUACAUGUAUCUGGCCUGGGUGACUUUCAAAUGUUCAGAAUAGAUGGGCAUGAUGAUCCAUAUCCCAUUUUUAGCAGUACAAAAUCAGAUGGAAUGGAUGCAGAGGUAACAAAAGUAACAGUGUUACAAACAGCUGAUCCAACAAAACAAGAGAGUAUGGUGUCCGAAAAUGUACCAGAUCCUAUGGAUGCUGAGCAGACGUGGCCAACAGAAGAGGAAAUUGCUGAGGCUAAUAAUGAAACAAGGAAAGUGAAAAAGGUACCGAAAGGAUGGUCCGAUUACCAAGCCGCGUGGAUCGUAGAGUCUGAUGCGGAGGAUGAAGGCUCCGAUGAUAGUGAAAAUGAAGACAAUGAUGAAUUCAUGUCUUGUGAAGAGUCUAAUUCUGAGGGAGAUGGUGAAGAGAUGAAUGAUUUCGAAUCUGUGACUGAAUCUGUAGUAGGCCCGACAGAUGAGAAAUACGACGAAACCAUAGAUGCACAUGAAGAACACGAAAUGUUAAAGAAGUUAGCUGAGGCUCGGGAGGACAGGCAGUUUCCGGAUGAAGUAGAUACACCUCAGGAUGUACCAGCUCGAGAAAGGUUCAAUAGGUACAGAGGUCUAGAGUCAUUCAGGACGUCGUCAUGGGAUCCAAAAGAAAACUUACCAGCGGAUUAUGCUCGGAUAUUUCAGUUCGAAAAUUACGAGCGUACGAGGAAGCGCGUUUUUAAAGAACUUGAAGAUAGCUUGGAAAAUAUGUACGGUUUCUACAUAACGAUACACGUCAAAAACGUGCGACAAGAUCUGUGGAAGGUAUUCCAUUCAGCGAACCCAAAUGCACCUCUAUCAGUCUUCGGGUUAUUACCUCACGAACACAAAAUGUCUCUCAUGAAUGUAGUCUUGAGGAGGACAGGGGCCAGUGAUGAACCUAUCAAGAGUAAGGAGCGACUGAUCUUCCAAGUUGGGUAUAGGAGGUUUAUUGUUAAUCCUAUAUUCAGCCAGCAUACCAAUGGAAGCAAACAUAAGUAUGAGAGAUUCUUCCAACCAGCGUCAACAUGUGUCGCUACAUUUUAUGCUCCAAUUCAAUUUAGUCCAUCCUCAGUACUAUGUUUUAAGGAAAAAAGAAACACAAAUUUGCAGCUUGUUGCUUCUGGUGUACUGCUGUCUUGCAAUCCUGAUAGAUUGAUCAUUAAGAGAAUUAUACUUUCCGGCCAUCCAUAUAAGGUGCAUACAAAGUCAGCAGUCAUUCGUUUCAUGUUCUUCAAUAGAGAUGAUGUGGUUUACUUCAAGCCUUGCAAACUGCGAACAAAAUAUGGAAGGACUGGUCACAUCAAGGAACCUUUAGGUACACACGGCCACAUGAAAUGCGUGUUCGACGGCCAGCUGAAAUCUCAAGACACAGUUUUAUUGAACCUUUACAAACGAAUGUUCCCGAAGUGGAAUUACGAAAAUUGUAUUGUCACGGAUCGAGAUACUAAAGGCAGUGAUAUGAUGGAAUAA